UCCACACACAUAUAUAUAAACCUUCAUGACUUAAUCAUUGAUUUCAAGUGUUCUCACUAUAACCAUGGCCGCAGAAAACUCUCAGAACUCCAAUGUUCCCAAGUAUCUCCGGAAAGUCGAAUUAACCCAAGAAAACAAGCAACUCAUUGCCACCUUACCUUGCGAUACAUUUUGGCAACCACUUACCAUCCAUCAAUAUAAUGGUUUCUGGCACACCACCAAACAAUUGCAAGGUAUCCUUAAUAGCCAGAAACACUUCAUAGCUCGUGACUCUGACAUAAUUAUUGUUACCCUUCCAAAAUCUGGCACCACUUGGCUCAAAGCCUUAGCCUAUGCGAUUCUGAAUCGCAAGAUCCAUUACCCAAAUCCAAAUCUUCAUAAGAACCAAUGUCACCCUCACCCUCUCGUCACUGCAAACCCUCAUGAUCUUGUGCCCUUUUUAGAUAUCAAUCUCUACAUCCAUAAAAACAUCCCCGAUCUGUGCUCGUUCCCAUCACCAAGGCUCUUUGCAAGCCACAUGCCAUACAUUUCAUUGCCAGAGUCUGUGAAGCAGUCAACUUGUAAGAUCGUGUACUUGUGUAGAAAUCCAAAGGAUAUGUUCACAUCACUGUGGCACUUCAUCAGAAAGUUACUACCACAAGCCCAAGAGCCCAGGUCAGUUGAGGAAUCAUUUGAGAGAUUUUGCGAAGGAAGGAGUGCUUGUGGCCCGUUUUGGGAUCACAUCUUGGGAUACCACAAGCAGAGUUUGGAGAGGCCAAAUAAGGUAAUGUUUUUGACGUAUGAGGAGUUGAAGAGCGAGCCAGUAAGAGUUUUGAAGGACUUAGCUGAAUUUAUAGGGCAUGGAUUUACUGAGGAGGAAGAGAGUGGUAAUGUUAUCAAUGAUAUAAUGAAGCUUUGUAGUUUUGAGAAUUUGAGCAACUUGGAAGUGAAUAAGACUGGAAAAUUAUUGACUGGGGAAGAGAAUAACAUUUACUUUAGGCGUGGAGAUAUUGGAGAUGGGGAAAAUUUUCUGACCUUUGACAUGAUUGAAAAGCUUAAUGCUAUUACUCAAGAGAAGCUGGGGCUGCAUGGCGUGAACUUCUAGAUCCACAAAUCUUGAUUGGAAUCCUGGUCGGCCGAAAAUGAUGAGGUGAAUUUCUUAUCGAUUAUCACUGUGUGCUGCAAUAAAUGACCAUAGUCCAUACACCUCCAGGGUAUAUGUAUGUUUGUGAACUUUGGAGUCUUAGCUGACUUUGAAGAAGCAUCUCGCGAAAGCGUUUGAUAAGAGCUAUGAUUGUUAUGAAGUUCGAAGUGACAAUCCUCUUGUGAAGCUUUUCUUCAAAUGUUAAGAUAGAUGUCUCUGUAUUACUUGCAAUAUUAUUAAAAUGGAAAUCAAUAAUAAAUAUUAGAUUAUGACUAAAAUUAUUAGUUACUGGUUUGAAAGUUUCAAAAUUUUUCAAUAUUACUCUUGGAUUGUUAAUGAAGAAUUAAUACUUACGGAGUUAUUACUAUUAUUGCAUGUCAACAAAAAUAUAUUAUUUAAGGGAAAAAAGAGAGAAUAUUAAUAAAAGAUCUUUAAAAGGAUCUAACAAGUGAACAUUAACAAAUUAACAAGUGAAAUUAUUGUUUUAACAACUAUUUGAUAUAUCCAGGGUCCUUAUUAGAUAAUAAAUUGUUUUAAGAAUCUUUUAUAGAUAUUCUCCCAAAACUCUCAAAGAGAACCAAGGAUAGAAGACUUUUGCAGUUAUGUGCAAAUUUACAAAUACGUGUAGAUCAUAGAAGAUUUUUUUGGUCAAUGGAAGACUGGUACUGAAAAUUGAAGAGUAUUGAACAAUCUCGAAGAGGACCAGAGAUAAAAGACUUUCGCGGAUACUCGCUGGCUCAUGGAAAGAAAGUUGCAGUUGUAGUUACGUGCAAAUUGUGGAAGAUUAUUUUUGAAGGCAAUAGAAGAAUAUUGCAGACUGUUGAAGAGAAUUUGGAGACUCUACAAUAUUAUUGGAAAAUUUUGCUAAAAAGUUGUCAUCCUAUUCUGAAAAUUAACCAAGCAUGUAAAUUUUUCA